GGAAUAAAACACUUGCAUUACUUCCUGCUGGUCAUUUGACAAUGAAACGAACAGCAAACAAGCGGAAGAGAGCCUUCAGCCCAGAAGAAGUUCUGGAGGAAGUCAUGCAGCCUGACCCCAGUGAGCUGCAGAUUUCAUCUACAGAAAGCACUGACUCGAGAGAGUCAGAUGCGGACUUUGAGGCAGCAUCCACACCCUCAACUACGAGUGAGGAGGAUUUCCGAGGAUCCUGGAUCGGGGUGGAUUGGGAGAAAUGGGCAGGUGUGGUCUUCAAAUAACGAAGAGACCGCUCCUUUCACCCAGCCUGCUCGAGGUGUGACUGCAGGGCUGACACGUUACGCAAUAGCGAGGGUAGGAGAUAUACAGUCUUCUUUUGACCUUUUUUCCCCUUCCGAGAUGCUAGACCUAAUUGUCAGCAUGAAGAACAUUCAUGGUCGGCGCAAUGAUAAAGACUGGAUCGUGGUGGACUCGACGGAUCUCAAGGCCUACAUGGGCCUAAAUAUUUUGGCUGGGGUCUACAGGUCCAGAAACGAGUCCACCUGCUGCCUGUGGGAUGAUCGACGUGGCCGGGCCAUUUUCAAGGCCACCAUGUCUCUCAAGAGAUUUCACCAAAUAAGCAGAGCGCUGCGCUUUGAUGAUAAGGUCACCAGACCAGCUCGCAUAAGAGAUGAUAAGCUUGCACCGAUCAGAGCCCUAUGGGAUCUGUGGGCUCAUCGGCUUGAGAUUCUCUUCAAUCCAGGCAGGGACGUGACUGUAGAUGAACAACUUGUUCCAUUCAAAGGACGAUGCCGAUUUCGGCAGUAUAUGCCUAUGAAACCGGCAAAAUAUGGAUUAAAACUUUGGGUCACGGCUGAUGUGGCUACAUCAUAUGCCUGGCGCUGUGCACCAUAUCUGGGGAAGAUCGGGGAUGCUGCAGAGGUGGGACAAGGCAUGACUGAGGGACUCCAGGGAGUCACUGUCUGCUGCGACAACUUCUUUACAAGUUAG